CUUACAACUAAAAGGUCUAGUAAUUCCACCGGCUAGUUAAAAGCAGCAGCUAGUGACCACCACUCUAAUUAACAUUCAUCUUCAUAAUAUCACAUUAACAACAAUGUCACAAGAGGCCAAAAAGAAAAUUCCAGCAACAUCUGCUAGGUCUCAUACCAGGAAUUCCAAACCCGAUACAUCAUCAUUUGGAAUUUCGAAGAAAGUACUAGUUGUCCUGGUUGCGGGGUUACUUUCAUGGGGUUAUCAAACAUGUGUUCCACAACCUCCAAAAACAUUAGGAUCACCAGAUGGGCCUCCUAUCAACUCCCCUAGGAUAAAGCUUCGUGAUGGAAGACAUAUAGCCUAUCAAGAAUCCGGGGUCCCAAAAGAUGUUGCAAACUUUAAAUUAAUAUUCAUCCAUGGUUUCGACGGUAGCACGUUUCAACAUCCUUUCUCCACGGUCUCACCGGCCGUUGUAGAAGAACUAGGAGUGUACAUUGUUGCAUUUGACCGGCCCGGUUAUGGAGAGAGUGACCCUGACCCAAAGAGAACCAUUAAGAGCUCUGCUUUUGAUAUUGAAGAGUUUGCGGAUCAAUUAAACUUGGGUCCGAAAUUCUAUGUAGCCGGAUGGUCCAUGGGUGGCAUGAUCACCUGGUCUUGUCUCAAGUAUAUCCCUCAUAGGCUUGCAGGGGCAGUUCUUAUUGCUCCAGGUAUUAAUUACUGGUGGCCUAACCUACCUUCAAACUUAACCAAUGAAGCAUAUUCGCGACAACUUAAACAGGAUCAAUGGUCUUUGCGUGUGGCUCACUACGUGCCAUGGCUGACUUACUGGUGGAAUACUCAGAACUGGUUUCCAUUUUUUUCUAUCAUCGACGGAGGCAUUGCUUGUCUUUCUCGCCCUGAUUUGGAAGUUUUAUCAAAGCUAUUUGCUGUCAUGGGUCCAAACAAGCUUCAAGUAAUGAAAUCACACGCAAGACAACAAGGAGAGUUCGAAUCGCUCCAUCGUGACUUGAAUAUGGGAUUUGGAAAUUGGGAAUUUGAUCCAAUGGACAUCGAAAACCCAUUCCCAAACAACAAUGGAUCGGUUCAUAUAUGGAACGGUGGUGAAGACUUGAUCGUGCCUCCUACAUUACAACGUUACAUUGCCCAAAAACUUAAAUGGGUCCAGUAUCAUGAGGUUACCGAAGUUGGACACUUGAUGGUUUAUGCCGAUGGCAUGGUUGACGCUAUUCUUAAAGCGCUUCUUAAUGUAAAGAAUUAGAUAGAUCAUUAUGGAUUUGUACUAUUUCCUUGUUCAUUAUUACUCUAUCUGCAUUUUCUUUCUAUA